AUGGGUCGCAAAGCUAAGUACUUCACAUUUGAAGAGAAAUCGGCAGCUGCACGGCGACACAAAGCAUCAUAUGCUCGGUCAGAACAAGGUAAAAUUGUUCGCCAAGCUCAGAAUGCUUGUGCAUAUGCCAAAUGUCAUGGUCGAUGUGGGCCUCAUAACAUAUCUGGGGAUCUGCAUGAUCCUCAUACAUCUUCACUAAUCCGAUGCUCGACCUUCUCCCUUCCCGAUUCCUAUCUGUUUCAUCAAUCUCUCGCCAGAUUCGACUUGAUUGAUCAAUCCGAUCUCUUGCAGUGGGACAAAGCCCCUCCUUACGACUCUCCAGCUCCACCUGACUCACCAGAGGAAGACCGUUUCAUGCAAAAUCUCUUGGACGUGAUGCAUGGCCGUCACUUGCGCGCAGAAAGGGAAUCACAUACCCACCGUACAGCCAUGUAUAGCAUGGGUGAAAUCUCCAAGGUUCUGAAGGAGAUCCGAGAAGUGCAUCAGCAGUUAGUUACAGGUUUGGAUGAGCUUCAUGCUCGUGUCAGCAACUUGCAGGCAUGCACAAGACACAAGGUCAUGGUUGAAUGCUAUCGCCAAUGGGUAGCGUGA